UUGCUCAUGUGGUUGUUAAGUGAAUUUGGGUUCCCCAUCGGGACAAAUAUGAGUCUAUUGCCAAGCAUCUGAAUUUUGAUCAUUAUGACCAUGGUGAUACCGCAACAGUUGUAAGUGUGAAAAACAGUCAUAAGUCACUUUUUUCAAUGCCAGUGUAACUUCGAAAGGUCACAAAGGACUACCUGUAUCUCAAAAAAGCACUUCAAUUUACUGCUACAACUAAGAAAAAGGCUGAAAUCACCUGGCUGAUAAUCAGGAUGUAUUUCAACAUACAGUAGGUAUAUAAUGUGUUCCUGCUUAUUACCCGUUGAUAGUCAGUCUGCCACAUUUAGCACCAAUUGAAGCUUCCAGAUGAUGUUCAAGUGGUCACAUUAAAUCUCAAUAUAUUAGUCAGAUUAGGAUGUUAUCUUCAGUCAGGCCAAUGUAGGGAUAGUCAAAGCUGGAAUACUAGAUAUCAGCCUUGUUGCCACAUCCUGGGGAUGUACCAUCAGCUGAGGGUCAAGGAGUGUCUGACACUGUAAAUCUAUACUUCUGUUUUCCAGAAUGCGAUGAACAUCAACUCCAGAAUCUGGUUUUCUAUUUACCAGUGCCAUCACUGUCAACACGUAAUAGUUCAUAUUAUUGGAAUUUUCAGCCACAGGCAAAGCUUACAUAUAAACAACUGAAUAUGGAUGGGCAUUGUUUUGCAAUGAUAAAACAAUGUGUGAACUUCAGUGUAAAGCCACUAAAUGCACCAAAAUCGUGGCCCUGGUCCCAUAUCCCCCUCUCUAACGUGACAUAGUCUAGGCUUCAAGAUUAGUUUUGUAUUGCUUUUGUAAGUGUUUUUUCUGGUGACGAUCCAUUCUUUACAUAAUAUCUUUAUUGAUUUUAUCUUAUCUUAUCUAUCUCAACAAAGAACUUUGGCUGGUAGGGUCUAGAAGAGAACAUUGUGCCCCCUCAAGGUGAAGUCUGCCCCUAUCCUCUUGGCCUUCCAAAAGGGCCUGAAUAUCUGGCUCUGCCAACUGGUUUGAGUUCCCAAUGGGAACUUAUCUCACUUUGGCAGUGAUGAAUAGAUUAGAAGAACCCACCUCUGCACCACAUGUCCCUUUUAUCUAAUUCUUGGUGUAUUUUAAUGUUUUGAUUCUUAAUGUUGAAUGUUUUUCAUGUUCUUAUUGUUUUAUGUUAUGCUUUUAUAUUGUUGCAAGCCACCCAAAAUUGCUUGACUGUAAGAUAGGUGCUGUAUAAAUUUAAUAAAUAAAUAAAAUCUUCGUUUUGAAUUACUGCUUUACUUAUACCUAAAAGCUAAUUGUUACAAAUCAGAAUAAAGAGGACUAUCAUAUUGUAAUACUAGCACGAGGGGCUUUGUUAAUAUUGUGAUGUGUCAUUUAUUCCAUGGUUUUCUCCUUCUAGUGCUGCCUGAAGGAAGGGAAUCCAGAGAAGUCAAGUCAGGGACUAACAGGAGAAUGGAGAGCUGGCAAGGCAUCCCCUACUCUGGCAGCAGUAAUACAACAGAUCUGACCAUUGGCUUUAUUUCUUCAGCAGUUGCUGUUGUCUUAUUUGGAUCAAACUUUGUCCCGGUGAAGAAGUUUGACACUGGGGAUGGAAUGUUCUUCCAGUGGAUUCUUUGUGCUGCUAUCUGGAUUGUUUCUUUAAUUGUUAACCUGAUUCAGAACAGCCCUAGAUUUUGGCCUCUUGCUAUGGUCGGAGGCUUUUUAUGGGCUACAGGUAAUGUAACAGUUGUUCCAAUUGUUAAAACCAUUGGGUUGGGACUUGGCCUUUUAAUCUGGGCUUCUUUUAACUUGCUAACUGGCUGGGCAAGUUCAAGAUUUGGUUGGUUUGGAAUUGACCCAGAAGAAGUCAGAAAACCAGUUCUGAAUUACAUCGGAGCAGCACUUUCAGUACUUAGCUCCAUCAUAUUUCUUUUCAUAAAAAGUGAAGUUCAAAGCUCUUCACCAUCUUCAGAAAGCACUCCAUUAUUAAGAGAACAGUCUAUCAACACUUCUGAAUACAGAGUUGAAAACAGGAGUGAUGUAUCUUGGGUGGACAACCUUUCUCCAUUAAGAAAAAGAAUGGUAGGCUGCUUUCUGGCUAUGAUAGCUGGGAUAUUCUACGGCUCUAGUUUUGUACCUGUGUUUUACAUCAAGGACCAUGGCAGAAGAAAUGGGACUAUGUAUACAGGAGCCAGUCAAUUUGAUGUAGACUAUGUAUUUGCCCACUUCAGUGGCAUCUUCCUUACAAGUACUAUCUACUUUCUGAUCUAUUGUGCAGCAAUGAAAAAUAACCCUAAGGUUUAUCCUGCAGCCAUAAUACCAGGAUUUAUUUCUGGCACAUUAUGGGCAAUAGCCAAUUGCUGCUGGUUUAUAGCAAACCACUAUCUCAGCGCUGUUGUGAGCUUCCCAAUAAUCACUGCUGGUCCUGGUUUUAUAGCUGCAGUUUGGGGAGUGCUGGUAUUUAAAGAAAUAAAGGGAUUGAAAAACUAUCUGCUGCUCUUAAUAGCAUUCUGCAUUAUUUUGGCUGGUUCCCUCUCUACAGCUUUUUCUAAAGUGUGAAGAAACACAUUUUGAUCCAGCAGAUGGCAUCACCAGUUAAUACAUAUAAGACUUUCAAGAUUGCUUCUGAUCUUUGGAGGUAUCACUUACAUCUUUGUUCUCACCAUAAGAACAGAAAUUUCAUUAGUAAUAUUGUUUUAAUGAAGAAUAUUCAUUGUGGUCUGUCUUCAUUGUUUAAAAUAAGAAAUCCAUUUUUUAAAGAAGAAGCUUAAACUGGGACAGUUAACAAUAUCAAACGUUUUUCUGAAGUUUGAUGCUGUAAUAUUUUUUAUCUUGUGGGAAGGGAAGGAAACAUUUAAAAAAUGAAAAGAAAUAAAAUAUACUUAUACCAUC